GUGCUUGUAGGUGUUGAUAUGCCAUCUUCAACCCAAGAGGUGCAAGACAAGGAGAGUGUGGAAAAAGACGUAUCAGAUGAUGAAAAGGUGGAGAGUUUGAAGUCUGAGAGAGACAACGAGAAGGCAGAUUUAGUAACAUUGAAAAAAAAUAAGGAAAAUCUUCUAAAACACACCAACAAAAAAGUCUCAGAUGAGAAUGUCAAGCGUAAAGAUUCCAAGGAGGAGGUGGUAGAAAAAGUAGUGGAGGCCAUUAAUAAAAAGAUCAAGAAAUCAACUAAAAAGCUUGGUGUUAGUGAAAUUGAAACAGAAGCUAAAGAAAAAGGAAAAACACCCAAAACAGUGCAUUACCCCACACUGCCUUUAAGUAGAGACGAUGAGACUUUGAAGCUAGUCUUGAAAAGGUGCCAAGCCAGUUAUGAUGCCCUUAAUUCUCAUUCAAAAGUUUGCUGUUUGUCUCUCUCGAUUUUCCCAGAAAAUGUUGUUAUAAUGAAAAGACAUAUAAUUUACUGGUGGAUUGGAGAGGGGUUUGUAAAAAGGUCAACAGAGAAAACAGCUGAAAAAGAAGGUGAGAAUGUUUUCGACGAGCUUCUGAAUUCUAAUCUGAUUGUACCACAAGGUUAAGCCAAGUGUCCUGUUGUCAAUAAAUUCAAAAUUAAUCCUUGGAUCCGCCACAUGUUGGUAUCAUCUGUUCUGGGAGAAAAUAAACAACCCUUUGGAUUUUAUCCACAAAUAACAACCUCUUCCUAUGGUUGCCUAGUACUUGACCAACAAAAAGUUGAAAUAGGUGGUGACUUUGCUCCGAAAUCUGAUCAAUGGAGAAGUGUUUUCAAUCUUAGUGCCAAACAUCUUACUAUUGAACCUCAAUGGAUGGCUAAAAUGAAGAAGUUGGUGGUGCUUCAGCUUGGUCGUUGGCAAGAGUCUCCAAAAUAUCACAUUGAAGUUGCCGGUACAGAAUUCAUGACAGACACAAAGGCUCAAAAGCAUCUGAAAUAUCUCAGCCUUCGUGGUAUAUCAAGAAUAUCAGCUUUGCCACCCUCUAUUGCUCAACUUGUUAGCCUAGAAAUUCUUGACCUCAAGGCUUGUCACAAUCUCGAAACCUUACCUAAUGAAAUUACUUCAUUGAAAAAGCUCACACACUUGGAUGUGUCACAGUGCUACUUGUUGGAGAGUAUGCCAAAGGGGAUUGGGAAGCUCACUGAGCUCCAAGUACUCAAGGGAUUUGUAGUAGGCAGUUCCAACAAGACUCCUACAAUAUCGGAUCUUGCAAACUUUAAAAAGUUGAAACGAUUGAGCAUACACAUUGGAAGUGAGGCUGUGAUCCAAGAUAAAGAGUUUGAAAACCUGAGAAAAUCACAAGUUAAAUGUCUCAAAAUAUCAUGGGGCGUGUCAUCCAACACCAAGUACAAAGAUAUUGAUAUCGUUCUCCCACAAGGUUUGGAAAAGUUAAACCUUGAAGGCUUUCCUGGUGAGAACACUCCAACAUGGUUGAAACUCCUACCUUCUGAAUUGAAGAGACUAUACAUAAUAGGAGGAAAACUCAGGAGCAUAGAAGAGCUAAAAGACAGUACAAUAAAUUGUAAGGUGGAGAUCUUGCGUCUGAAAUACCUAAAGAAUCUUAAAAUUGAUAUUGACCAUUUGAGAAAGUUGUUUCCUUCACUGAAGUAUGCAGAGGUGAAAAAAGUCAAAGAGGAUAGCUAUGAAUGGAGCAUUAUGUGGUAAAACUACACCCAUUUUGUUCAAUGUAUUUUAUGUUAAAUA